AAAUCCCUCUUUCACUCUCUCUCGUUCGAAGCUCUCGCUGCCCUGGAAAAAAUUCCACAGAGUACCUGGAAAUCUCAACGAUAAACACUGCAAAUUUGAAAGAGACUGCAUUCGAAAGAGAAGGAUUCAAUACCUGGAAAUCUCAUUGCGUUUUAAGGUUAGGUUUUCGUGUCUUUCUGUUUUGCCCUAACUUUAUGCAAAUUUCAUUCUCCAUCUUUUCAGAAAUGUCACACAUUGCUUUAACUGCAUCACCCACCGUAGUCGCUUUUCACCGUGGAGCGAAACAAUGGAGCACGCUGUUUCCGAGUAGCUGGAGAAGCAGGGGAAUCAAUCCAUCCUCAUUUCCAAAUUCCACCAGAAAAUGGUUACCAUUGCGGUUUUUUGCUUCUGGAAAAAAUGGCGUCAAUGGAGGUGUUGUGGAUGAGAUAUCUGAAACAGUAAAGGCGCACACGGAUUUCGUUUGGCCUGAUAACAAGAAGCCUAGAGUGUGUAUUUUAGGUGGUGGAUUCGGUGGUUUAUAUACUGCUUUAAGGUUGGAAUCACUCCAGUGGCCCGAAGACAAAAAGCCACAUGUGAGUAUUCGAACAUUCAAAUUCAAUUCAGUUCUUUCAAGUGUGUGGAAAUUGAUGCAAAAUCUGUGAUAGGAAUAACUUAGGAGCAUCUUUCUUGAUGAGAUUAUGUCUCGGUACAGAACAUUCAUCAAUGGAGCAAAAGAGAAAAAAAAAAAGAAUCAUAUAACAACGUGGAAAUGCCUUACUCCUAUAUUAGUUUCCUUAACAAGUUCCCUAAUGACACUCUUUAGAAUAUUCCUUAUAUUUAUAUUUAGUGGAGCAUUAUGUUAGAUUGUAAGAGAUGAGAGGAACUGAGUUUAAAUUUAAUCCCAAUUAUAUGUUAUGAUUGCAUGGUGAGGAAUGGAUUAGGAGUAUGUUUGGAUUGACUUAUUUAAAUUUAUCUCCUGACAUAAGCACUUGUGAGUAUGUUUGAAAGAACUUAUGGAAACAGCUUAUGACAUGGCUAUAAAAUGUUUUCAACUUAUAUCUAUAAGCUCUCCAUGAUAGGUUAUGAAAACAACUUAUAGCUUAUAAGAGUAUAGUAUAACUUUAUUUUAUCUUUUAUUAUGGAAAUAGUUUAUACUAAAACCACUAUAUGAUAAACACUUAUGCUAUAAGCGCUAUAUUGAACUGUUUAUCCAAGCUGAGCUUAACUCUCAUGAAUCAUGGUAAGCUGCAAUAUAUUUUGUUCUUAUUUUGCAAGUUGAUUGUACCACUCAUUAUAAAUCUUGCUUAUAUCCUUGCACUGUGGCUUAGUUGUUGAUUUUUCUGCACUUUUUCUGAAAAGCAAUGUGUGACAUUUCUGAAAAGAUGGAGAAUGAAAUUUGCAUAAAGUUAGGGUUGGAUUUAUCGAAGUCAAGAACUUAGAGCAAUGUCUCAUAUUUUGGCAAUCCUAUU